CAUAUGACUUAUGACUUAGCAUAAUGUGAUCAUGAUAAUAGUAAAUCAAUAUGUAAAUUCUGAAAGAACAAACUAAAGACAAUCUGUCAUUAAGCUUGUUUAAUUUUGUUUCUGUAUGCCCCAUUAGUUAUUUUAAAUUAAUAAAUAAAACCACCAACUGGUAAUUAUAUAAGUAUACACAAGAAAUUAAUCAUGUUAUACGUGUGUUGUAACUAAAUACAAUUGUAAAAAAAUAAAGUUGAUUAUAGAUAGUUAAACGGACAAAUAAAGUUAAUCGUGAUAUACGUUAAUGCUACAAUUCUAAAGAAUAAGGGUGACUAUAGAUAGCUAAAUAUCAGUCCAGUGGAUAUUUAAAGAUUGUGAAAUACUAAUUAAAACAUUCGUCUAUUUAUGACACGAGCUUACAUACAAAAAAAGGAGCAAACAUCUCAAAUCUGCUGACAAUUAGAAACAUUACUUAUAUGUGUUUGUGUGUAUAUAUUUCAAUUCUCUCUUUGGAAAUAAUGACAUAAACUACACAACGUGUUCAAUAUUUGGUAGAAGUUGAAAAAAAAGAAGAAGAAGAAGAAAUGGAAGAAGCAAAUGAAGAAGGGGCUACUAUAAUCGACGAUGAAAAGGAUAGCACCUGGUUAUAUGAAGUCCUUGAUAGUAUUGGAGCGAAUGAUGAGUAUAGGAAGACUAUUCAACGAAGUGGCAUUACGUUUGAAAUUAUUUGUACUUUUGGAUCCGAAAAUAAAAAGAUGGCCAAUUAUGGAGUUGGAGGUAAAUGGGAAGGUACAUUAACACCAGGUGUUAAAACUGACUUUGAUGCUAUUUCAUGUGAUGACAAUGUUAUUGUCAUCGAGGACAUAUCAAAAGCUGUUCAGAACCGAUAUUCCUUAUUAAUCAUAAGAGAUCCUCGUAGACCUGCUGGGUAUGUUAAAUUACAAAUCGUAAGGGGAAAAGUACCAGGCACAAUUGCCGAUUUGUCUUUUUAUGACAGCAAAUUUAAAGGUUUGUUCGAAAUUGAUGAAUGUAAGCGAAUACUUCUGACUGAGAUUAUAGGUGAACAUAAGGAUAAAAAACCGUAUAUGCCAAGACCCAAGAACAAGCCUGCUGCAACCAUUGGAAAUUAUAAUGGUAUUAGUAUUGAUGUAGUCACCUGUUAUAGGUCCAAGCAUUGGCCAAUAGAGGCAAAUGAAUGGCUGACCCGAAAAAGAUGCAAUGGAUGGCCAACAAAAGAUGUGAUUAAUGAGCUGAAAUUGCUUGGUUAUUUCCUUGUGAGAAAAGGACAUGUGUUGUCUCUCGAAAAAGAUUUCGAAUGGAGAAUAUCUCUUACAUUACAAGAACGGAAACUAAUAUUUGAUCUAACAGAUGUCCAAUUUAAAUGUUAUGUUGUUCUUAAAAUGUUAAAUCGUGAUAUUAUUAAUGUGGAAUGUAUAACUUCAUACCAUUGGAAGACAUGUUUAUUUUAUGUGAUAGAAGAGAAUAAUUUGGAUGUUUGGCGAAAAGCAAAUCUGUUUCAGUGUGUUAAGCUGUGUAUAACGCGAAUGUUAGAUUGGGUUAGACAAGGUUUCUGCCCUAACUACUUUAUUCUCAGUGAAAAUAUGUUUGAUGGAAGGUUACCUCACGAUUUGAGAACAGUGUCAGAAAACAAAUUAGUAAAACUUUUAGGGGACGGAUUUAGUUUUUUGAAGCAUGUAAAAUCUGACAAUAUACGUGACUAUUUCGAAUCACGACGGUCUCCCGAAUUGUCACAAAAUCUUCGGAGAGAUAGCAUUAAGGCAUAUAAAGACGUAAUAUGGAAGACGAACAUACAAACUGUUGAAGCUGCAAUGUAUGAAUUCUGUCUAUAUCUGACCUAUGAAAAACGUACAAAUUUGAUUGAACUUCUUUGGCGUAUGUUAAUUCGUAUUCAGCAAAAAGACCAUAUUACUGAGCACACAACAGAAGAAACUCGACGUUCUCUGUCCAUAUUAACACCCUUUAUCUACAUGAGCUUGGCUAGUAAUAUUUCUGCAAUGUGUAUCCAUCAACCGAAUAUUCUGGGUCGUAAUUUCCUUUUGUUAGGAUCUUACACAUAUUUCAUGAAAGGUGGUAUAACUGGAUAUCUGAAGUUUAUAUCAGUGUUGUACGCUCUUGGUUGUUAUAAAGACUGUGAAUGGUUCUUAGAUCAACUCAACGAGGAAACAAUAAAAAAUAGUCGAUCUUACUGUAUUGGCCAUAGUUAUGAUAGUAUUUACGCUGCAAUAUCUCCAACGGUUGUAAAUAUCAUUAGCAUUUCACAAUUAAGUAAAUCUACAUGUGUUUCGUUUAUGCCAACUGAACUUCCAAUUAUUCCUGACGCUGUGAAGUUUGAAGUGUUCAAGUACUCCACUAUUCCAUUAACGAAAAGCAAAAGAGAAGUCCCCGAAACACCUUGGUGUUAUGGAGCUGUUGUUGACAGGAAUAUUUACUAUUGCCUGCUCAAAUUCUUAAUAAAACUGAAAUUUAGUGGGGUCAAUUUGUCCGCGGACGAUAUACUUAAUACUUACCAAAUUAAAGAUUUAAGAAAUGUUCGACAUCCUGAAGUAGCCUAUAAUCUGAUGGCUUGGAGUUACUUCACUGUUGGGUUGACACCUUUAGCGCUAGAAAAAUUAACAAUGUCAUGGAAUCCGUUGCGUUAUUUAAAUUCAUUUUUGCUGGUAAAUAACAGUGAAAUUAAUUAUAAAAAUAACCAAUCAAAUGCAGCAAACUUGCAUGCGUGGGUAAUAUUAUACAACACGUGGUUUACCAGAAAUUCAUACAAGUUUAAAUUCUGCUUUCAGUGUUUUUUCUUUAGUCGAACAAAUCUAAACAAAUGUAGCAAAUGCAAAACAGCUACAUAUUGUUCCGAAAAAUGUCAAGAAAUAAACUGGAAGAUUCAUGAAGUUGUUUGUAAAGUGGUGAGAAAGUAUCGUAAUGUCUGACUUUUGCAUAUCUAUUACGUAGUACAACUAACAUGACUAAAGUGUUUUCUUGUUGAAACAAAAUAUCAAGCAUGUAUCGAAUUUAUUUUUGUAUGUUAUUGAAGGAAUUUCUGAAUUUCAACUGAAAUGUGGAUUGUAUUGAGCGUUUCACCUUUACAACAAGAAGUAGGAAAAACAAAUAAUUCCAACUUCGUGAACCUGUUCCACAAAGCCAACUAUUGUGCAUUAAAUCUCUCGUUUCUUUUUUAUAUGAGACCAAAAACAGCUCAUAAUAACGGAUAUCACCACUUAAAAAAGUUAUUGUACGUUUUUUAAUGGAAAAUAAAAAUAAAUGUACGAAAGCCUUAUAUCAAACUUGUCAUAUCUCACUUCCGGAGUGUCAUUUAUGUAUAAGUGGACAGAUCCUAGUUCUGACUUACAUUGUCUCACUUUAUAAACAGUAUGAAUUAAUCAAAUCAAAUGUGUUCGUGCUAGCUUACGAAUAUUAUAUUAAACAUUUGAUGAAUAGGAAUAAAGACAAGUUGUUCAGUAACUCAGGAUACUGUCUUAGCUAACUAAUUGAUAAAUUUUAUGAAGUGAAAUUUUGUUCCUCUAUCAAUUAACUACAUCAAGUCUGAUGAAUGUUUUUUUGUUCAUUCAAAGUCGCACUCAAAAAAAAAUAUUCAGCCAAUCUUCGUUAAGAGAGUCUGGUGGUGAAUAACGUUUCUUGAAUCACACAUCUAUUGAAUUGUUUAUACAAGUAAUAAAUAACCAGUGUACAGUGUACAGUGUUAUGGACUUAUAAGGGCUUGCACUAGAUGUUAUUCAUUACAAAUCUUACGAUUAAGUAAUAAAGUCUUUUCGCUUUUCCGUGGAAAGACCUAUUGGUUUUGUUCUGAUUAUUUUUUUCUUCCGCCUUAUUUUUUUCCUGUGAUGUAUUUUUGUUUUAAAAGAUGUCGCUUAGUUUUUAUUGUAUAUGAUAUCAUACAGUAUAUACGCUUUUGAAACUGACCCUGUUAAACCGAACACUUUUCCUUGUAAGAGUUUUCUCCCAAAACACUGUUUUUCUUGUUAUGAGAUUUUCCUUGCAACCUUAAAAGAAAGCGACAAAUUUAUUCUUCCAAAUUGCUCGUAAUAUCCUCAGAAUGUUACGUUUUAUUUUGACCGAAGCGUCACAAAGUCCUUUUGAGAGUUAUUCCCCUUAUGUAUGAAAUAAGUGUGAUUAAUUUGUAACGUGUAGCCAUAAGUGAUAGAGACCUUGUGUGUUUUGAUUUGAGGUCCUUGGUCCACUUAAAGAAAAAAAAAAAGGCCAAGGUCAUGAUUUUAAUUUUGAUUUUGGCUUGUUGUUACUUUUUAUAAGAUAUCGACAAAUUAUUUCUACUGAAUUGUUAUAUGCGACAUGUCGUUACACAUAAAUUUUGGUUAACGGGUACGUUGACAGAAAGUUUGAGUUUUCUCCGCUCUUAUAUUUAAAACUAGCUGUUUGGUGAUAUAACUCAUUAACCAUGUAUAGCAGAGGCCUAGGUUUUUUUUUAACAUCCUUACUUUAUGAUCUUGAAUUUAAAGUCAAGUUCAUAUGUAAAUUUGACGUUCUAGAUUUUGACCUUCGCUUUAACUUUCUAUUUAUGAAUGAUAGAGCCAUGUGACUUCUUGUUUAAGUUGUAAGCCAUAUGACCUUGAAAAAGCCAAACAGACGUGACCUUGUGAGAACCGGAAGUAUCUCAUUUUGUACUUAUUUAGUGUAAAAGUUUAUAGAACAAUAUAUUUUAUAAAUCAGUGUCAAAUUAACUUUUAUAUACCGGAAGUGACAUUUUUUCAAACCGGAAGUAACAAAUUAUCUCCCUUAUUUUAAACUAAAAUGUUAAAACCAUAUACUUUUGGAAUAAGCUGUCAUCUGACGAACCAUUCUUAGAUAUAUAAACUAUUGUUAUUCAGUGUCGUUUCAGUAUUUUGAAUAUAAAAAUAAAUUUUGGAACUCUUCAUUACAACCAACACAAUGUUUAAGUCAUUUGUUCCAAUAUUGCUUUCAUUUAUACAAGUAUUAUACAAUCCACCCUGAUAACCAAAUUUAUCUAUUUAUGAUGCCGCCAAGUACCAAGUCUGUUGUUUAUGUUUAUUUUAUUUUGGUACUGGGUGGCAUGUUUAACUGAUUUGUGCUUAGAAAAAUACACUUUGAAACAGUAGUUUUUUGGAGUAAUAGGAUGCACGAUAUUCGUAUUCCAACGGAAAAAGCAAAACUAUUAUAACUGGAAUAAUCUUUCCCUUAGGUAGUUAGAUCGUAGUGUUAUCAAUAUUUUAUGAUGUGUCUGUGUCAAAAGAAUAAUUAAGUUAGCAAGACAAUACUGUAAGCCAAAAUCAGUCCAUAAUAUACUAUAUUUAUCAUUCUUGUAUCCUCGUGUUACAUCAUUUUGUCUUAUCUAUAAAUUCUAAAUAUGGGUUUUGUUGCCUUUUUCUUUGAUUCUCUUUUUUUGUUUCCCAUCGAUUUGUGUGGUUGUUCUAUUUAAUCAGAAUGAGUGACCCUUUGAAUCGUUUCUUCUUCAAACUUUUUUGUUUUGCAUUAUAACGAGUAUGUAUACGUGAGAGGAGUUGUAUACUAUAAUUUGAUUAUAGUGUCUGUCAGGUUAGUUAUGGUUUGGACGAAAAUGAAAAAAAAAAAAUUAAAGAAGUUCGAAAAAAAAAAUCAAAACCGAAAAGAUGACGGUUGUUAACUUGUGAAAUCUUAUAUCACUAGUACAUGUAGUAACUAACCACGAGUGAAUAAAUAAAAACAAAAUAUGGCAUUUA